UACACGUCAUUGGGUUCCUCGUCAUUCCUCUAGGGGGCAGUGUGCGCCUCUGACGUCACGUCUACUCGCGAGUAACACGAGAAGAAGAAGACUGUGGGCGGGAAACACAAAUAUGAGGGAAAUCGAUUUAUUUUUAUUCUCCGGAUUUUAAAAGUAAAAACGACCCAACAUGGUUCAAGAGUUUCAUGUUCUGAGAUGCUUUUCCUGUCAAACAUUUCAAGUGCAGCAGGUGAAGAAGAGUAAGAAAUGGGCGUGUAAAGUGUGUGGUGAGAAGCAGUCUUUGAUAAAGGAGUUUGGUCGGGGCGCCGCAGCCGACUGCAGACGUCAUGUCCAGAAGCUGAAUGCUCUGCGUGGACGACUGCAGGAGGUCAGCAGUGAGCGGCUGGGGUCACAGUGGGAACAGGAUGACGAGUAUGAGAAUGAAGAUGUUAAUGAAGAUCUGGAUCAAGAUCCGAUGGAUAAAUCAGAGCAGGAAGUGACUCAUGUCAGCCGCUGGAGUAAAUACACUGAUCCCUCAGCUGAGGAUCCAGAUGAACAUGAAGAUGAGGAAGAAGAUGAGAACGUUUAUACAGAAAGACAACGAUUCAGAAGCCAGGGAACCAGAAAAAGGAAGAAAAUCUCCACUUUAAAGUCUUUUGCUGGCCGUGAUGAAGGCUGUGAGGAUGAGGAGCCACAGACUGGUUCUUCUGGCUUUAAGAGGCCGAAUCUGCAGGACAGGAGGUUCAGUUCAGCCGGGAAUGAAGGAUUUGCUUCCUGCAGCAGGUCAGAUGAUGUGGACACGUGCAGUAGCACAAAUCUCCCAUCAUCCCGUCAGGCUGUGUUCAGUUACCCUACAGCCGGCUCCAGGUCCACAUUCACAGAGGAAGACUCUGGAAAUAAACAGCAGUGUAUCUCUUCACAUAAGCCGCCAGCUGUCGACGUAACCAGUCCUUCUGUUUCUUCUCGUCAGAAGUUUGGUGAAACGAAGAUUGAGAAGGACUCCAAAUGGAAUAAAUUCCUCAGUGUUGUCGCAUCACAGCAGGAUGAGGAAGAGUAUGAUUAUCACGAUCAUUACAAUGAUAACACAGUGACGCCUUAUUUCACAGAAGCACUUGAGGGCAUGGGUGUGGAUUGUGAAGAGCGCAGAUAUCCAUCGGAUAUAAAAGUAAACGGUGUUUGUGUGGAUGGAAAAGUAUCCAAGAGUCACGCCUCCAAGCCUUCAGGUUUUGAAAACCCAGUCUGUGAACAGCCUCCACUGUUAAAGAUGCCAUGUUCAAAGCUUUCUUUCAGCUCCCUGUUCCUCACCGAUGAAGACUUUGAUGAUACAUUUUAAAAAUAUGUUAAACUAUUUCUUUCAAGGACGUUUAACGAACAAAGUAUGAUGUUACAAUGUUCUCUUCAAUAAAUAUAAAAAUGCAUUGGUAGUUAAACUGUUGCACAUUUAAAAAAAAUCCAAAUACAACAAAUAUUUUGGAGAAGCUUUUUAUUGCGAAUAGAAGGAGUAAAGAGUGAAAUAUUUCCAUCCA